GAGCUUGGAGAAGAAGUAAAGAAGGCAUUUGUUAAUAUCUUCAAUCCCUUCAAACAAUCACAUAAUACCACAUAAUAUCAAUUCAUCAUGUUACGUCAAAUCAAACCCCGUAAUGCUCGCAGCAAGCGCGCUCUCACCAAAAAAGCACCCAAGCCAGUCGAGAACCCAAAAACCGCUCUCUUUCUCCGUUAUACAACAUGUUCGCAACCUACUCAAGACUGUCUCACAGAUCUUCAUACUCUCCAUUUACCCCUCGCAAAGAAAUUCACCAAGAAGAAUAGCAUCCAUCCAUUCGACGAUCCUUCUUCGCUCGAGUUUUUCUCCGAGAAGAAUGAUGCUUCCCUCUUAGUUUUCGGUUCCUCGUCUAAGAAACGCCCACAUUCUAUUACUUUCUGUAGAAUGUUCGAUUAUAAGGUUUUGGAUUUGUUAGAGUUGAACCUUGAUGCAGACUCGUUCAGGACUUUGAGUCAAUUCAAGAACAAGAAAUGCGCCGUCGGAUUAAAGCCUAUGAUUUUGUUCUCUGGAACUCCAUUCGAGAGCCCUGUUUCCGACGAAUAUACACUUGCGAAAUCCAUGUUCCUCGACUUCUUUAAGGGAGAGCCAGCAGAUAAGGUGGAUGUGGAAGGUCUUCAAUAUAUCGUUUCUAUCUCGGCCAGGGAUAGUGUAGACGGAGAGGAGGAGAAACCAAAGAUUCAUCUACGAGUAUACUUAAUAAGAACCAAGAAGAGUGGUCACAAGCUACCAAGAGUUGAGGUUGAAGAGAUGGGACCAAGGAUGGAUUUCAGAGUCGGCAGAGUCAAGGAAGCGGAUGAGAGCAUAAUGAAGGAGGCAAUGAGAAGAGCAAGAGGAAGUGCAGAGAGACCAAAGAAGAACAUCACCACCGAUAUCGUUGGUGACAAGAUGGGUAGAAUACAUCUUGGUAAACAAGACUUGAAGGAGUUGCAAACUAGAAAGAUGAAGGGAUUGAAGAGAAGCAGGGACGUAGCUGAUGAUGAUGAGGGUGGGGAUGAUGACGAAGAUAUUGUUAGUGAUGACGAGCCUGUAAAAAGGUCAAAGAAGGCAUGAUUCAUUGCCACUCUGUGCAGUAAAAUCAAGAUAUCAGGUGUUUGGAGUUUAGGCAUGGAAAAGGGUCUUCCGCGAAGAGUGGUUGGUUGUACUCAAGUAUUAAAUGUCAUAUUACAUAAAAACUAAACAUUGUAACUUCCACCAAAACCACUGCUUUCAUUUUGUACAUUUCUCCGAGUCUAUCAAUACCGAUUUCAAAUGUUACUAUGGCAGUCUACAUAAUAGACCAAUUCAAAAUCAAAGUUUCCCAUCACA